AUGGCAGCCUCAGUGGAUUCUCCGUCAUCUUCACAUCCCAACCAGGGAUCGACCAGCUUCGUGGGUUCUUCCCCAUUGUUCAGUCCGGCUUCCGAUAAGCGUUUCUGGAGCUCCCUUCGAGGUAGAAUAGACUCCCUUCUUGAGGAACGGAAUGUAAAGUCUUCAAAUCUGGAUCCUAUCAUGCCCCACCAAUUUAACACCAACAAAUCGGAAAGGGCAAAGAAAUUGAAGGAAGAUUCUUUGCUUUUGCUGAGGGGUUUCGACUCGGUUGGCUAUACCCUAUCUCAGCUGUCCAACAAUUUGGAUAGUGCCUUACAGGGCGCUAGGGAUCUCGUCAAAGCGCCAACCUUGACGGAGAUCUUCCAGAGCAACCUCAAGAACUCGGAGGUUGAGGGAGGUGAUUCCAAAAGGAAAGCCAAUGAGUGGGAGGUGCCCAAGCAAGCAACAAAGAGAAAAUUUGAUGACAGUCAUUGCUCAGAAGAAUCAGAUGUCGAUUUAGAAAAAGAUGAGCAGCAAAACCCAAAAGACAAGCUUCAAAAGGCCAAAACUCUUGCAGUUACAAUGGCAACAAAAUCAGCCUCUCUUGCAAGAGAAUUGAAAUCAUUGAAAUCCAAUCUAUGUUUUAUGCAAGAGCGAUGUGGUAUACUUGAGGAAGAGAAUAGAAGACUUCGGGAUGGGUUUUCCAGAGGGGUCAGACCAGAAGAAGAUGAUCUGGUUAGGCUUCAAAUGGAGGCACUACUUGCUGAGAAAUCCAGAUUAGCAAACGAAAAUGCAAACUUAACAAGAGAAAACCAAUGCCUUCACCAGCUUGUGGAGUAUCACCAACUCACAUCCCAAGACCUCUCUGUAUCUUACGAGGAAGUCAUCCAAGGCAUGUGCUUGGACUUCUCCUCACCACCACCAGCCAUUGCUGAAGAAGAUGAAGAAGAUGNUUCGUUUCAUAGCAACGUAUUAUCAUACAAGCACCAGUUCUCCACUUUCUCUUCUUCCUUCUUCACUCCUCUUCUUUUAUACCCCAUGGAGCUAAAAGAAUCAACGGCUUUCCCAUCUCUUGUUUACCUAGAGGACCAGAUCCGCAUCAACACCGCUAGCCCCUAG